AACCGGCGUCAAACCUCUAACCGGAAAUAGAACGUUUCGAUCACGAAAAAGCGGUGCACAUGGUAACACCCGACAGGUGACAGGAGUUGAUGAAUGAAAUACGUUCAGAUGGAUAUUUGUGAUCAUAUUCACAUUAGAAUUGAAAGGAAUUAUCUUUUUACCGAGCCUUGCAUUUCCACGUGGAGGAUGGAUGCCAUUGGUAUUGUUGACUGAAUGGCAUUGGACGCCGGGCAGAAAGACCACUACAAGGAUCAACUCUUCUUUGCCUGUGAUGAGUGGCGAAGGCAAUGGUUUGGGGGCCCUGGGCCUGCUGGCGGGGUAUUUGGGAAAAGUCCAGGAACGCGCUGCCUCGUUGGAUAGCUGUCCCUGGUGUGCCGCUAAUGGACAGAUUCAGGCCCUGCGGUCUUAUAGGAUAACCAUCCAUAAGUCAAUCACCCUCUGCACCGACCCACAGUGCUUAUUCCCGUUGGUCUCUAGACCCCUGGAGGAUGUGCUGGCAAGCCUUGCUCCACCCGAACCACAAUUCCCGAUUGGGGGCAAAAGGAAGACUCCAAGUGGGUCGGAGAACACCUCCCCCAAGCGCACACGAUCAGUGGUGUCUGACGUGAUGGUCGACCCUGGGGAGAUGGACUGCGGCAUCAGCGCCACUGAGCUCUGUGUGGGACAUGAGUGUUGUAAUGGGAAAGUGCACUCACAGACUGUCUCCUCCUUUACAACCUGCCAAUCAGAACCCACUAAUGUGGUGGACAACAGCCUCCCACUUCCUGUGAUUGGGAGGGUAGGGGCCGGCAGGUGUCACAUGGAUUCUAAUUGGCCAAAGCCUGAGAGAACCAGGGACGAGGAUGGAGAGGGAGAAGACGGUGUCUAUCUCCUGGGGGAGGGUACGCCUGCCCCUGGGAUGAACGGACCGGUGCCAGCCUAUCAAGUGGCGGCGUCGAGUGAGGAGGAUAUGGAGACUGAGUCCACGUCAGAGGAGGUUCAGGUGAACUCCCCUUCAGAGGAGGCCGUGUGUGUCCCUGAGAAGACUUCGGCUGCUCAACAAAUGUCUGCGCCCGUCGUAGAGGGGUCUCGGUCAGCGUCACCGGUGGUCCCUGACCUGGAGGACACCGUCUGUCUCCUGGAGGCUCUGACUGCCCCGGCUACACCCGUGCAAGUAAAGGAGGGUCGAUCUUCACGACGGAAUGUGUCCGCGCCGGACGAGGCUGUGUCUCCCGCAGUAGAAGUGAAACCGCCCCGGGCGGUUGUACCAGUCGGGGGCCUGGCUCCACCGUCGUCUGUGUCUGCCUUGCAGGAGGCGGUUGUGAUGCUACAGGAGGUUCUGCCUGUCGCUGCUGUUGAGAUGGACCAGGAAGUACCGGCCACCCCUGCAAUGGGGCCAGUCUCAGUGUUCCCGGAGGUGCCGGCUGUUUCACCGGAGACUUCAGCUGUAAAGCAGGAUGUUCUGCCUGUCGGUCAGAAGGCCAAGGGAGAAGCAGCGCCUUCAAACGUGUUGGAGGAGGAAGUGGCUCCCCGUGUGACUGUGGAAGGGGCUUCUCCAUCAGUGGAGGCUGGGGAGGUUCUACCAGCCUUGGCUGAAGCUGCCUCCCAGAAAGAUGAGGAGGAAGGAGAUGAUGAGGCAGACGGUCAUGCUCCUUCUAUCUGGAUGAAUAAUGAUUACGAAAAGGAACUGCCUGGCUUUGACGAGGAGGAAGGGACGGAGGGAGAUCGCCCCCCAGGGGUGGUUUGUAAGCCCUGCAUUGUGGACCUCAGUCACAGUAAGGUGUCUGAAGAUCACGUUGACGACAAGGAUGCAGAGGAGGAUCUGCCUGUCUUUGACAAGGAAGAGGAAGAGUGCCCCCCAGGGGUGGUUUGUAAGCCGUGCCUUGUGGACCUCAGUCAGAGCAAAGUGUCUGAUGAUGAGGAUGUUGUAGAUGAUGAUGAUGGUGGUCCUGUCCAAGCUAAAACAGGACAGAACGGGCAACGACCAGUCAGCAGCGAGGAUGAGGUGACUGACAUACCUGAGUACAAGGAAGGAGGAGUCACAGCACUGGAACUGGGUAUCUUGUCGCGGCCAAGAGAGAAUAUUGUCCGGGCGAGAAAAACUAAUUUUAUUAAAUACAUGCCGACGGUAAUACCCGACUUUGACCUGGAAGUAAUGUUGAAAGGGACGUUCGUCCCAGUUCCCGGGCCUCACCUGUUCUGGAAGAAUGAGAACAGCCUGUGUUGGCUGGACAGCUUGCUGGUAGCUCUGGUCCACUGCUGCAGUCUGAGGGACAGACGACCCACUAAGAGGCCCGGUGAAGGUCACCCGGUCUGGGACCUGUGUGAGAGAUACGAUCGGGUCUGUGGUCUCCUCACAGCUCACCAACGAGCUGGCCCAGGCGACAUAAUGCAAACUCCCUCCAUGGUUCUCCAGAGGGUUCAGAUGGAGAUGCAGGCCAUCAGGGUUUCGAUCUUCAAUCUGCUGGAGCCUCAGCUGAAAAGCAAUCAGGGUCGAAAGGAGACGCCGGUGUUCGCCCUGCGCUUUCUCCUCCGGGCAGACUCCUGGGCAGAGCCUCUCUUCCAGCACAUGUUUGAAUGGCAGUUUGACUGUGUGUCGGCAACCUGUGGUUACGCCACCAAAACCAAGUGUAAGAAGACCCUGACCAGAUUCUGCAAGGUGGUUCAUGACUGGCACCCUCUCAACGCCACCUACCUAACGCGGUGCAGCAAGUGUAAUAAGAGUAAACAGAACAGGACGUUGGUGUUGGAGAGUGUGGCUCCUGUGCUGGUGCUGCAUUUUGCAGAAGGUCUGCCGAAAAAUGAUGUCAGUAUCUACUCCUUCACCUUCCAGCAGCAGAAGUACUCUGUCAGCACGGUCAUACAGUACAACAAGAAACGCAAUCACUUUGUCACCUGGAUACGCACAACUGACGGAUCAUGGCUGGAAUUUGACGAUCUGAAGCAUCCCAGCUGUGUCUCCCACACCCAACUGGUGGUACCACCGAGAGAGAUCUACGUGGUCUUCUGGGAGUUGGAUACCGAUAGGCUGGACCCGGUCCCACAGACAAUCAGCUCUCACCCUCCUGAAAACAUAAGUUCUUCUUUGACACAGAAUGAACUGAUGCAUCCUAACUUCGCCAAACAAUUUGUCGAUAACUCACUUGUCCCUUCCCAGAAAGUCUCAGAUGCAGACACAGAUAUGGACACCCCCAUAAGAGCCUGUAACGGUAUGGACACACCGUUAACGUAUGACAAAGAUUUGUCCACUGCACCUACACCUGACCUACCGGUUCUGUCCCAGACUCCCAACCCCUCUCUCGCUUCCCUUCACGACAAUACAGCUGUUGCCGAGGUACUCCCAGUCUCCGACAACAGCGAUGAUAUGUGCACCACAGUGACCGCUGGUAACAUUGGUGACACUUCCGUUGGUUCCGCCACGUUUCUCAACACAUUCGAAGACCUUUCUCACAGCGACACAGUUACCUUGACACUUGUAGAGAUCCAAGUUGACUCCGGUGGGAAGCCGUUGGACGACAGCAACGUCAUUCCAGCUGCCGAAAAUAAUGGAAACCUCGGUACUCUCCAUUCUGCUUCUGACCCUGAAGCUGAGGUGCCCUCACCUGCCCCUGAUAUCACCAUUACUACUCAUGAAAUACCUCAAACUGGCUCUGAAAUUACCCAUGAAACAUCUACACCGGCCCGUGAAGUUAUGCCUCAGUCUGACAAGCUUCCUGAAACGGACGACGAAGACGUUGUCAGUGAAAUGCCGUCGUCCCCUGAUACGUCCAGUGAGUUCCUCCCUGACAGCAGCAGCUCUUCUGAGCCUGACUCGGGACAACCCAGUCCUCCCAGGCGCAGGAGGAGCACGAAAGCCGUCAGUAGACCCAGGAAAACCUCCAGAGCUCCAGUCGCGUCAGAAGCUAAAGUGGCCACGUCAGAAUCAUCACCCGCUGCGGUUACACCGGUGGCUCUUCCUGGAUACGGUGCUAGCAUAAUCCUCCCCUCGGUUGUAUCUACGAUGUCACCACCAUGUGUGGAACCCAGCGCCACGACACCGGCAACCUGCAGCACCCCAUCUCCGCCGAACAAACCCAUCCUUCCUCCCCCUCUGGAUCCCAAUGCCCGAUGGUCUUACCUGCUCACUCGCCACCCCAGCCAAGCGCCGCUAACCUCCCCACCCCCCGGAACCCAGGGAUCACCGGCUCCCUUUAACCAGGUUGACCGUUUAAAACCUAACCAGUUCCAGCAGCCCUUACAGGGCAGACAACCCGGCCUCAACCUAGGCGCCAGUUUGGCGAAGCCUUUGCCGCGCCCUAAACCCAAACUCCGUAAGGAAGACAACGAGGCCCUGCUGCUGAAGGCCGCCGAGAUGUACGGAGGGUUCCAGGUCAAAAGCAGGAACGUGAAUGCCAACACGAACCUGAACAGCAUCUCUUCUAAUACUUUUCCUCCCAGCCAGCUGACGACGGACCAUCGCAGUGAUGUCUGGAAGACUCCAAGUCAACCGUUCGCCGCUGCCCAGCAAAAACUCCCGGUCAACAACACCAACACUGCAGCAGUGAUCUCACUUCCUCCCUCUCCUGGAUUCACAGUUCUCCAUAAUGUCCCAUCCUCCAGGAAACGCACGUCUGACAGCCAGGCUUUGAAGUCGGCCAGUCUCACUGAGACGGACGCCCUCAGGUACAAGCUGCUGAAGAAGCUGAAGGCCAAGAAGAAGAAACUGGAGAAGCUGAAUCAGGUGUUGGGGUACCAGGAAGGAGGAGCGGGGGCCGUGACCCCUAGGCCAGACAGUACUGACCUUUGCUCCCCUGUCACCGUUAGCUCCAGUACCUCUGUCUACGACAGCCCUGCCUACAACGAGUUCUUCGCUGACCUUCUGUCCCCCGCACCGACUGUCCAAAACCUGUCACCAGACAGCACAGGCUUCCUGGAUAUGUUAGCAACCAAUGGGCAAGACGGGGCCUCUGCUUGUGUACAGAAUUCAGUUGGAGCCUCACAGGUGGUGGCCUCUCUGACUUUACAACCGGCCAGUCACACUGCAGGAGUGCCACAGCUUGGUAUGGAUGGGCCAGUCGGGACUUCUGGUGAGACCUUCCUAGAUGAGUUAAUGUCUGGGUCGGCCAGUCAGCAGACAGAGAUGGACAACGAAGCCCUCCGUGCUCUCGACCUGUUCUUUUAGCCCAGUCACAGACUAACUCCCGCGCAACACUUUGCUGGGAUGUAGAAACUUUAUCUCAGAUCGGCGGCUAAUGAUGCGUCCCGAAAUUGCACCCCAUUCCCUAUAUGGCGUUUUCCUCUUGAUCAUGGCCUGUGGUAAAAUGUAUUGCAGUAGAGAUUGUAAUAAAAAUUAUCUCUAUCUCAACGAGUAGUUCACUAUACAGGGGUUAGGGUAUGUUUUCGGAUGCAGACAGCUGUUAGGAAAAACGCUGUGCUAGGGCUCCUAUUAGUUAGGAGAAUGUGUUGUUGUUUAUAUUUGGUUUGUUCCGGGAGGCACAUGUUCUACAAAACACAACCAAGCAGCUAGCUAACUCUGGCAGGCACUGAUUUAAAAAAUAAAUUUUCCACAAAUAAUUUAGAUGUUGAUUGUGUUAUUGUUAAUAUUUCAUGCAUGUUUGACCCCAAUGGCACUAUAUACACUUGAACUCUACUUAUGAUCAGGCCCCAUUGGGUGUUAUGGACAGUUUGCAUUUGAUCCUUUGUAGAGGAAAGCAGACGGACACAUUUUAGAACACGCUCUGUUUUGUUGCUUUUUGCUCCGUCUCGGUUAUAUGAAGACGUGAAAUCUAGGAUAACAGCCUGACAUAUAGGAUAGCUGGAUUUUAUUGUAUAAGUUGUUCAAUACUCAUUGUCGGAAAAUAUUUUUGUAAUUUAAUGUCUCACAAGUUGUAAAAUGUUGUACAGAGUCAAAUACUGUUUUUGUAAUUAAAAUAAAGGUUAAUGGUGUUAACAUGAAA